ACGGCGCACAGACACAGAUCCGUUUAGACGCUGGCGCUAACUCGAUCUGAUCGAGAGUAAAUUGUUAAAUUGGUGCAACUCAUUACUCUGGCUGAAUAUUCUAAGAUAUCACUCGAUAAUUUCCAAAUUCAUUUUGUUUUUGGUUUUUUUUUGCUUUUAUAAAAUAAACAAUGGCCGAGGGGGAGUACGACAAAGAUCAAUUGAGAAUUCUGCGCAAUGCCUUCAAGGCUUUUGAUCUUGAGGGCACAGGAUGGAUCGAUCAUAAGGACGUCUCGGCCAUAUUGGAAAUUCUGGGCCAGAAACUUGAACCACCAGCUGUGAAAGCGCUCAUCAAGGAGGUCGACAAGGGCACCACUGAGAAAUUAAAUUUUAGCCAAUUUUGCAAGCUAGCGGCUCGUUUCAUCGAGGUCGAGGAGGAUGUCGGGGCCCUGCAGAGUGAGCUGAAGGAGGCAUUCCGUGUAUACGAUAAGGAGGGCAAGGGCUACCUGACGGUUGCCACCUUACGGGGAAUUCUUCACGAGCUGGACGACAAAAUCUCGAGCCAGGAUUUGGAUUCGAUUAUUGAGGAAAUCGAUGCCGAUGGCUCAGGAACUGUUGACUUCGAUGAGUUUAUGCAAGUGAUGACAGGCUAAGUUUUGGAGUACCAAAUAUUCAAUGCUUUGAACUUUGACCCUCGAACCUGCUGAAGUAGAUGCACUGGAUAUGGUUUAUGAGGCAGUGUUUUUAUUGAAUCUUUUGAUUUACAAAUGAAUUUAAGAACUUUAUUUUUUGUGUAAAAAUAUAUAUGCAAAAUAUA